CACGCGGGGCUGGACUCUUCUGAAACGCCGGCAGGGAUUGAAACGCCGCUGCUCGCUCAAAGUAUUAGCUGCACACUGUAAUAUCAGUCCCCCUUCGCUUCUGCUGGGUGGUUUUCCACUGUGAGUCGCUACACGGCUGGAGAAAAUGUCUAACGUCAACUGGAAGCCCUUUGUCUUCGGCGGGCUGGCGUCUGUGACAGCGGAAUGCGGGACCUUCCCAAUCGACCUGGCCAAGACGCGUCUUCAAGUUCAAGGCCAAGUGGGCGACAGCAAAUACCGAGAGAUCCGCUACAGAGGCAUGCUCCAUGCCAUAGUGAGGAUAUGCAGAGAGGAGGGGCUCUGUGCACUGUAUUCAGGGAUAGCUCCUGCCAUGCUGCGCCAGGCCUCCUAUGGGACCAUAAAAAUUGGCACAUACCAGAGCUUGAAGCGACUGCUGGUUGACAGACCAGAGGAUGAGACCUUGCUGACUAAUGUGAUGUGUGGUGUUCUCUCUGGAGUCAUCUCCUCCUCCAUCGCCAAUCCCACUGAUGUACUGAAGAUCCGCAUGCAGGCUCAGGGAAGUGUGAUCCAGGGCAGCAUGAUGGGCAACUUCAUCAACAUCUACCAAGAGGAGGGAACAAGAGGACUGUGGAAGGGCGUCUCUCUGACAGCUCAGCGGGCAGCCAUCGUGGUCGGGGUUGAGCUACCGGUCUAUGAUAUGACCAAGAAGCAUCUGAUCCUAUCGGGUUACAUGGGGGACACCGUGUACACGCACUUCUUGUCCAGCUUUGUGUGUGGCCUGGCGGGGGCUUUGGCCUCCAACCCUGUGGACGUAGUCCGGACACGCAUGAUGAACCAGAGAGGAGGAGCUCUCUACCAGGGAACACUGGACUGUAUCGUGCAGACGUGGCGCUCCGAGGGCUUCAUGGCCCUCUACAAAGGUUUCUUUCCCAACUGGCUCCGCCUGGGACCAUGGAACAUCAUUUUCUUCCUCACAUAUGAACAGCUGAAGAAGAUCAAUGUGUGACUGACUGAAUGAGACGGUGAAGAAGAGACGAGUAUGAGCGCACGCUCCGACGAGCUGAGAGGACCAAAAUCAGGAAUGGCUGGAUGGGGAUGGAUCCUUGAUGGGAACCACUGUACUGGCGAAGAGUGUUGAUGUAGAGCCGUGUAAGAGGCGCGGCAUGAGAAUUUGCCUGAUUCCUGUUUGGGCUACAUGUCACCUAAAGCCUGUGGCAGACACUCAUACCUGAUGUUUUAGCUCAUCCAAAUGCUUUGUUAAACUUAACCGCUCAUUUGCAUUUGAUAAUGUCCCCUGAGAUUCCUGUCCCCAAAUUUAUUUAAUGGGAAAUGGGAAAGAAACGUAAAAACAGCCUCAGACUCGUGUUUAUGAAGCAUUUUUUUCAGUCACAAGCUGCUUUAAAAAUGCAUUUCAUGUCACGAGGAAAAGACACACAAGGCUUUUCAGUCUUCUACACUUAAAAGUGGUCUCCAAAUUGAGUGCCUUACUUUGUGAUACUGGCUGUCUGCUCCUGAGAUGCAGGACUGAGAAUGUUGGAUAGCAGCUGACAAUCGCAGUGAUCAUUCCCUUUUGAAAAAGUUUGUGUGCCAGAGUCAACAAACUUGGACUAAGAUCUGGUGUUUCUUUUUUCUAUAUUUCUAAAUUGGGAGUUAGGUGUGUGAAAUUAUUUAUUCUAAGAGUCUCUCCGGAGUAUUUACAGAGUCAAGAGCCAAGAAUACAUCACGGUGUACUGUAAUAAAUAACAGUCAUAUAAACAGAAGACCCAGUGUGGGUUCUCAGACAGGACACACACAUAUCACAUGCUAUAUGUGGCAAGACUUGUGGUCCCUCAUGCCAGCAAGCAAGUGCAGACAGUAAAUAUAACCUGGGGUAGCUGGGGAUCGACUCUGCGCUCCCUGGGUUCUUGUGUUAUCAUAUUCGUUACUGUAAAGCCUUAUUACAGACAGACGUUAUGUAAGCCUACGUAUUAUAUCACACACCGCUUUAGGUUCAGACCACUGGGGCAGAUUAGGGUAUUCAAGGUCCUGAUUUGAUGUUAAUUGCCUGAAGGCAUUAAAACCAUUGCACACAAUGCACAGUUAUGUCCAGCUAUAUUUCCAUGUACUGUAUUUGCAUGCAGUAUGCUUAUCUGUGAGCUUUCAUUACAAAGAAUGAAUAUGCUGGCUGUUUGUGUGUGUGCGUGUAUGAAAACUGCCAUCGUAAUUGUCAUUUUUUUCAUACUUUUGAGGUUGAUGUAAAUGCUGCUGUAGCUCUGUAUAUUUUAAAUAAAAAAGACAAACUCACCA